CUUUGUGUGCUGCUAGACUUCCUUUCCCUAUUCCUUGCAUGUACAUUAAUCAUGAAGCAAUACAGUGUCUCAUUCUUACAUGUUAGACAGCUCCACGAAUCUGAGGAACUUUUGUUCUUCCUCCUCUCAUAAAGCUGGGUGUCACUUGAUCUGAGAGUGUGCUGCAGACUUUGACCAAUCCCAUAGCAGGUAACGUGCUGUGCUUGUUUGCAUUUAUUUCCUGCUGUAGUCUCUGAGAUUCAGUUCAGUCUUUUCACAGGGGAAGACUAGCUGCUAGAAAAGCGGAAAUCUUUUUGAAGAAAUGAACAGCUGAAAUGAAAACCAAAUGAUUUCAUAAGAGAAUUUCACAGGUCGAAACAUACAAUAUAUACUUCCAACAUAAACUACCCCACACCAGUGAUUUGCCACACCCUCUUUUUUGGCCUAUUGAAUUUAGAAGGCAACGAGCUAAAAUUAUAAUACUCUGUAUUAUAUUUUGAACAUCCUGUGAGAACACACUGUUGCAACUAAUGGAAGCCACUUCGAAAAGGUCCAUUCAUCUGUGCUAUGAAAAUGGUGAUUGGAUGUCACAGCUGCCAGAAAAUCUCUGGGAUGUUCCUCUCCAUUACUUAUCCCUUCCAGGGAGCCAUGACACUAUGACUUACUGUUUGGAUAAAAACUCUGAUAUAAGUGUAAAUGAAUCAAAGCUGUUGCAGGUGAUAGAUAAAUGUAUGCCCUGCAUCAUACAUCCUAUUAUUAUGAAGUGGUCUAUAACACAGGUACUAAAUGUGUCAGAACAACUGGAUGCCGGGAUUAGAUAUUUGGAUUUUAGGAUUGCUCACAAGCCUAAUGACUCUUCUGUGAAUUUGUACUUUGUGCACAUGGUAUACACAACGGCUGUAGUAGAGGAUAUUCUGUGGGAAAUUUUAAAGUGGUUGCAGGCCCAUCCUCAGGAGGUCGUUAUCCUUGCCUGCAGGAAUUUUGAUGGAUUGACCAAGGAACUUCAUCAUCAUCUUAUCUCCUGCAUAAAAAUGAUUUUUCAUUCUAAACUGUGUCCAAAAGAUGUGGUUCCAACGCUACGGAACAUGUGGACAUAUGGGUACCAGGUUAUCAUCUCCUAUGAGGAUGUGAAUGAAGUAAUGAAGCACCGUGAACUAUGGCCUGCAAUUCCAUAUUGGUGGGGAAACAAGACUGCAACCCAAGAUCUUAUCCAGUAUCUGGAAUCUAUGAAAAAGAAUGGGCGCCCAGACUGUUUCUUUGUUGCAGGGAUUAACCUUACUGAAAACUUAGAGUACAUUCUGGAACAUCCAUUUGGAUCCUUGAAGAAAAUGGCCCUUUCUAGCCUUCCAUUCUUGAAACUCUGGAUAAAGCAACAGUAUCCAGGACCAAAGAGGGAAUGUAUCAACAUCAUUGCUGGAGACUUCAUAGGAAAUCAUGAUUUUGUGAAUGAUGUGAUAGAACUUAACAAAAAAAUCAUCCCUCCAUUACAUUACUAUGGUAAUGAGACUGAAUUAAAGGAUGUUUCAAGACUUUCAGCUUCAUAACCUUGGUAUGAUUGAGUAGCUUUUGAUCAUCUCUCACAGGAAAGGCAAUUUUCCUGGUUCAGAUACAUCAUAUGUGUACAUAAAUGAUGUUUCUUCCUCCCAGGUAUGUUGUGAAGAUUCAUUAGUUGACACUUUUGUACCAAAAUCAGACUUUAAAACACACAAUGCUUAUGGCAAGCAAAACUGCCUAUAACUAGGGGAGGGAGAAGAGCAAGAAGGCUUCUCCUUAAGUUCGCUAGAGCCCUUGCCACGUAGGUGUAAUUUAGCUGGGAAGAGCAUAAAUAUUGCAGUAACUGGUGUUAGAGAAUAUCCUAAGAACCUUACUCAUCUUUCGCAAAACAGAGAAAAUAAAUUUGUUUACUGUUGAUUUUUUUCUUUAAAUAUAUUCUUAAUGCAAAUAGUUUCGUUAUUUCAAUAAAAAAAUGUUAGUUAUGGAUUUAAAUAUUUGUUUGUGUGUGUGUGUGUGCGCGCAUUUGCAACCUAAACAUCUCAGUAUGUGCACCAGUGAAACUGAUUACACCUCUACCUCGAUAUAACACGACCCGAUAUAACACGAAUUUGGAUAUAAUGCGGUAAAGCAGUGCGCACUCCAGUGGAUC